AUGGAGGUGCAGCCCCCCCCGGCGGUGCCCGAGCCCCCCACCCUGCUCAAGUCCUACAGGUGGCGCACGACCCCCCCGGGGGGUUCCGAGCGGGCCCCCGAACGGGCCGGGGGGUCCCCCGGGAGCCGGCGCUGGGCGCGGCUGCAGGGCUGGAAACGCUCCUACAGCCACCCCGAGAGCCACGGGGGGGGGCCCGGGGGGGUCCCCAAGGCCGCGACCCGGCGGUCCCUGUUCCAAAGGGCCUUCUCGGCCCCCUCCAAGGGGCACAAGGACCCCCCCCCGCACAAGGACCCCCCCCCGCACAAGGACCCCCCCCCUGCACAAGUACCUGCGCUCCGUGGGCAGGAGGAGGAGCCCCGGGGACAGGGCGGAGAGGGGGGGACACGAGGGGACAGGUACGGGGGGGGCGCCAGCGCCCACAGGACGCCCCCGGUGCCGCCCGAUGCCCCGGUGUGGGACGUGUCCCAGUUCUCCCUGGUGGACGGACACCUGGUGCUGGUGGGCAGGGACGAGGAGGCUUCCCACCAGAGCAGGAACCGUGCUGGCAGCUCCAACUCCGAGGGCAGGAGGGACCCUGACGCGGCCGCGGAUGAGAGGAACGCCCGGGACAGCGAGACCCCCCCCAGCUCCCAGCUCAGCAACGUCAAGGGGCUCCUGUGGAAGAGGCUCCGCGAGAGGAAAAGUCGCGGCGGCGGCACCAAAGUGGAGACCCCGGCGGGGACCGGCCCCGAGGGCGAGAGGGUGCCCAGCCGGAGCGGGUCCCGGGAGUCGGUGCACCCCCCGGCCGAGCUGGACCUGAGCGGGGACUCGGUGAUCGUGCGGCCGGUGCACGGCAGCCUUGUGGGGGAGAGGUUCUGCUUCCAGGUGAUCACGGGCCAGGGCAGCAGCUCCUUUGGCUGCACCUCCCUGGCCGAGCGCGACCGAUGGAUCGAGGAGCUGCGCCGGACAGCACAGCCCAACAAGGACAGCUGCGAGCGCCUGGAGCUGUCUCUGAGCCUGUGGGUGUACGAGGGCCGGGAUUUGCCCCCGCGGCGCCGCCUGCGCUGCCACCUCCAGCUGGACGGGACCCUCUUCGCCCGCACCACGGCCAAGGCGGCGGGCGCCGACGGGGGGCUCUUCUGGGGGGAGCUCUUCCAUCUGGCCGCCCUCCCGCCCGCCCGCGCCCUCACGCUGGCGCUGUGCCGCGACGACCACCCCGCCGGGCCGCCGGUGGCCGCGGUGACGGUGCCGCUGGCCGAGCUGGCGGCGGCGCGGCAGCCGCUGGAGCGCUGGUACGCCCUGAGCGGGCCCGGCGGAGGUGGUGAGCGGGCGCCGGCGCUGCGGGUGCGCGGGCGGUACCGCGAGGUGCGGGUGCUGCCCAUCGUGCGCUACAAGGAGCUGGCCGAGUUCAUCACCUUCCACUACCGCCAGCUCUGCGCCCGCCUGGAGCCCGCCAUCGCCGCCCGGCACAAGGAGGAGCUGGCCGGCGCCCUGGUGCGCGUCCUGCAGAGCACCGGCAAGGCCAAGUCGUUCCUCAUCGACCUCGGCGUGGCCGAGCUGGACCGGUUCGACGAGCGCGAGGCCCUGAUCUUCCGCGAGAACACCUUGGCCACCAAGGCCAUCGACGAGUACAUGAAGCUGGUGGGGGGCAAGUACCUCCAGGACACGCUGGGGGAGGUGGUGGCCCAGCUCUGCAGCUCAGACGAGAGCUCCGAGGUGGAUCCCAGCAAAUGCUCCGACCUCGACCUCUCCAACAACCAGAACAACCUGCGGCAGGUCUGCGAGGAGACCUUCCGGCGCAUCGCCCGCGCCUGCGACGCGUUCCCGGCGGAGCUGGGCGAGGUGUUCGCGGCGUGGCGGGAGGAGUGCGCGGCGCGGGGCAAGGCGCCCAUCGGGCAGCGCCUGGUGUCGGCCUCGCUCUUCCUGCGCUUCCUCUGCCCCGCCAUCAUGUCCCCGAGCCUCUUCGGCCUCGUCCAGGAGUACCCCAGCGAGGCCACCGCCCGCACCCUCACCCUGGUGGCCAAGGUCAUCCAGAACUUGGCCAACUUCACCACGUUUGGCGAGAAGGAGGCCUACAUGGGCUUCAUGAACGAGUUCCUGGAGCGCCACCGGAGCCCCAUGGCCGAGUUCCUGCAGAGCGUGGCCAGCCCCGAGAGCAGCGCCCACAUGGCCACCUACGACGGCUACGUGGACGUGGCGCUGGAGCUGGCCACGCUCCACCUGCUGCUCUGCGACAUCUUCUCCAGCCUGGACCAGGCCACGCAGGAGGAGCUGGAGCCGCUGCCCACCAUCCUCACGGCCAUCAGGGAGGGCACCCCCGUGCCCGUGUCCGUCCGGCUCAGCUCCACCGCCAGGAGAAGCCCCUCGGAGCCCUCCAAGCCGGGCUUUGUGCCACCACGGGACCUGAGCAAGCACAGCCCCCUCAUCAAGAGCCAGUCCCUCACCAGCAUCCGCCGCGUGCGGGGCCGCGAGGACGGGACGGAGCCGGAGCCGGAGCCGGAGCCAGAGCCAUCGCCAGCCCCGGUGCCAUCCCCGGUGCCCGGUCGGGAGCGCCGGAACGUCCAGCGCACCCAGAGCGUCCCGGUGCAGGCCAAGGCCCCGCGGCGCCCGCGCCACCAGGGCAGCGCCGAGCUCGAGGUCGAGCCACCGCCCGGGGAUGGCACAGGGUCACCCGGCACCGGCAACGCCCCGCUGCGCUCGUCGGCGUCGCUGCCCCGCAAGUCGACGGUGCCGUGGCAGCGCUUGGCGGAGGACACGGAGGCGCGGGCCGAGCUCUACGCGCUGCGCCCGCUCGAGAAGCACGGGCGGCUGCUGGAGGCGCUGCGGGACGAGGUGUCGGAGCUGCGGGAGCGGCUGGAGCGGGCGGAGGCGCGGGCGGGACGCGCCGAGGAGCAGCACCGGGAGCGGCUGGAGCGACUCCGGCAGCAGCUCGAGGAGGGAAACGCCCGAGCCGCCAACCUGGCGGCCAGGCUGACGGCGGCCGAAGGCACCAGGAAAAAGGACCUGGAGAGGCUGAAGAGCAACGAGGAGAAGAACCGGGAGCUGGAGCGGCAGCUGGCGGCGCUGGAGCGGGAGCAGUCGGAGCUGCGCGGGAUCCUGGCCCAGGCCCUGGGACCCCCCGGCAGGAUGAGACCCCGGGGGCCAGCGCGGGGCUGGGACGAGAGCGGGGAUGAGGCCCAGGCCACCAGCGUGUGACACGUGUCCCAAAGUGUCCCCAGAGCGUCCUCAGGGUGUCCUCAGGGUGUCCUCAGGGUGUCCCUGCAGCCCCGUCCCCAACCUGCUCCGGGGGGAUUCCGAAGGGUGUUUAAUCCCGAUCCCAUGGGAAUAAACAGCAUUAG